AUGAAUGAAAACAAAAAGCUAGACAUAAUUCGGAACAUGUUGCACACCCUUCUUGUGAACCCAGAGAAAGAAAAGAAAGAUGUUGAUGAUAAUCGGAAAGAAGACAAGGAGGAAACCAAUUCAGUCAGAUGUGAUGAGGAAGUUGAGAAAUUAAACGCUUGCCAUGAUUCGAAGGAGGAAAAGGAUUGGGAAAUUUUAAAGAAAAAAUAUAUAAAAAAAUCCAAAGAUAUAAUUUUUUUUUACCGAAAUUACAUGAACAAGUCAGAACAAAAAGAGCUGGAAAAGUUCUCCAACUUGUAUGAUAUUAUUUUAAAGAAUCCCUUUGAGUACUCAGAAAGGGACAGUAUAGACACGUAUAUGUAUUGCACUGUUUUUCCUAUGCUAAAGAAAACAUUUGAUUCUUUCGUUUUGUAUAUUGAUAAGUUAGUUAGCCAUAAAAAUGAUAAUUCAUAUAAAAAUGUCAUAAAAAAAAUAGAUCCAAUUUUGUUAUUCUCCCAAUAUAUAAUACGUUUAUCCGAUGAAGAUUUUUCUCAAAGUAAUGAUAGCAGUAUUACCAUGUUUGAUGAAAAUAUGAGUCAUUACUCCUGCACAGAUAUAGAAGAAAUUAAUGGAAAAAAAAUUCUCGAGUUGAAUAAAAUGAUCAAUGAUGAAUGCUGUGAUGUCAUUGAGACGCUAGUUACAAGUAGUGGAAAUAUGUGUGACAUUCCAACAGCGAGGGAAAAAAUGAAUGGGGAAAUGUCAGAAAUAGAAAAAGAAAUUAACAAUUUUUAUAACAAAUAUGAUAUAAUAAUGGAAGAAAACAGACAAAAAAAGAGACAAAAAAAAAAUGAAAUUUUAAAAUCAAUUUAUAGUAAAAAAAAUGUACUCUCAGAAGAAGAAAUAGCACUUUAUGAUAAAUACUAUGAAGAAAAUAUAAAUGUUAAAAGUAAAAAACUAAAGAAUGGUAAUCCCAAUUCAUCUCUCAGUAUGAACCUUUGUGAAACAAAUUCUUUCUGCAGCAUUUCAGUACCUCCGAAUGCGUUUAACAUAACGUUCGAUUUGAAGGAGCGGGGAACAAGUACCAUGGGAUGUGUGUUCAUAAAUAAGUGGAAAAAUGGAAUCAUAAUUGCUCCCCCCAUUGGAGGAGAGAACAAUAUGAAUAAUCCCAACAUCUGUGAUAGAGAGAAUACCGACGUGGGGUGUGAACACCUGGAUGAGUUAAUAAAAGAACUUGAGAGAAAAGAAAGCUCGUAUUUUGAAAAGAGAAUCCAUUUUCUGCUACAUAAGUGGGUUCGAGAAGAAGAUGGAAGAAGACUUAUAAUAAACCAGAAAUCGAAAAUUGAAUCAUUAUUUAAUGAUUUCAAAAAAAAAAACUAUACCAUAACAGACAAGGACAUUAUAUCGUUAAUAUUUUUUAUAGACAAGAAUUUAUAUUUAAAUUAUUCUCUUGUGCACCAGUAUAAUUAUAACAGUUUUUAUUACAUAUUUCACAUGCAUUCAUCUUUUUAUUGCUCAGAUACAAAUAGUAUCACAUUUGAAGAGUUUUGGAAUUUCCUCAUUUCCAACUUACCAUUAAAUGGUCAUUUGUACAAAGAGGACAUUCAAAUUGGCUUAAAAAAAUUUUAUAAGAAAAAACAAGUCGUUAAAAAUUUUCAAUUCACCAUUACAUUUGUCAAAAAUUUUUUAUUAUUCCUUUUAAUGGACAUGUUCUUAUAUGUCUCUCAUUUUGCUAAGAAGGAAUUAAACACUCAUCCUAUAUUCCCAAUUCAUCACAGUGUUUCCGAAGUUGAAAUACCCUUUUCCACGAAUUUCUAUCUGUAUAUAGAUUCGCUUUCUCGGUUCUACUCCUCCUCUGAGGCUACAACCACUUCGAUUGAAAAUUCUACAUUGAUUAGCAAUCAAGUAAGCGAGCAUGUUCCCACUGAGAUGAACAUAACCAUAAAACAUAUUACUCCAUUUGAACAAAAAAAAGGAGAAGAAUUUUCGAAAAAAGAAAGUGAACAAAUUUGUUCAAAAAUGUAUUCCCAGGAAGAGGAGAAAAAGAACGGAAAGAGAAACGUGCUUCUCUACCUGUUGAUGCUCCUUUGGGGAAUCAACAUAAAGAUGAAUGAUUUUCAAGACGAGCUUUUCAUUUCUGAUGAGUUAUCCACAGAUAUGGAGACGGAUGGGAUUAAUGAGAUGGAUAAGACUAAUGAGAGGGAUGCCAAUCGAAGGGGAAGAAAACGGAUUGGGGGAGCACGAACAUGUGAUGGUAUGAAGCAACAUGAGGUUUCAACAUGCGAUGGUAUGAAGCAACAUGAGGUUUCAACAUGCGAUGGUAUGAAGCAACAUGAGGUUUCGCAUAAAAAGAAGAACCACAACAUCGAUAUUGCAGAUGUAAGGAACUCAAGGGAAAUGGGAAACAAAUUAUUGCAAAAAGAAAUCGACGAAGAAUAUUAUGAUAUAAGAAAAAGGAAGACUGGUAUAGGAACAUGCCAAAGUGAUGGAGGGUCAAUAAAAAAAAGAGUUAUAAAAAAAACAUUUCAAGGGAUGAGAAGUUUAUCAACUAACGAAGGGAACACAAAGUACAGUUUAAAGAAAAAAAAAAUAAUGGAAAGCACAAUAAAGAAUAAGAAAAAAAUAAAUGUCGAUGAAUUAAAAAGAGAAAAAAAAAAAAAAAAUGAAAAAUAUGAAGACGAUUUUUAUUUGUUAAGAAAAAGGUACAAAAAAAAAAAUUACAAAACAACGAUUUUAACAUUAGUGCAUUCUAUUGUUAAAAAUAUCAAACCUAGAAAAAAAAAUUAUUAUAAUAAGAUUCUUGAAAUGAUGAGCAAUGGUACGAGGCAACAAGUAUUUUUCACUUUAUUUUCUUUCCUUCCUGGUAACAAUAACCAAUUUAACGAACAACAAGACAAUGUGUUCACACAGCACCCCAGCGCUUCUUCCACCAUGGGUUACAUCCCUACCUGGACUGACGAGCAAUACCUAUUUGGUAAAACAGUCAGUGAUGAGAAAAUUACCAACAGAUGGUUAAACAGUAGCAAGGGUGGGAAUGACAACAGACGUUUAUCGCAUCCCUGUAAUUAUCAUACGAUGAAGGGAGUAGUAGGAUAUCCCCCAUUAUCCAUUUUUACACAAACUGAAAUUUUUCCCCAAGUAGAAAAUUUCAUUCAAACAUACAUUAAAAACAAAAAGAAAAAAAAAUCAUCUGAACAUGAUAGCAAAGCUAGUGAUACGAAAAAGGACGAAAUAAAAUUAAUUUCAUCUUCAAAAAAAAGUAAACAAGUUACUAGUUCCAUCCGCUUACUAUGCAACUUCAAACUGUACAAAAAAAAAUUUCUCAAUAAAUUUACAACGGAGCAUAUUUACAUGCUAAUCCUUUUUGUGUGUUAUGUCAAUACAAUCAUGGACUCUCUUUUUUUUUUCUAG